UUUGUCUAAGACAUUAAAGGGGAAUUUGCGGAUUACUCACAAAUCUAUGGAAAUACAACCACUAUUUGUGUUAUCUCUGCUGGUUUAUUGUGUGGCUUGUGAGAGGCACAGUCUAAGAUAUUUUGUCACCACAACCUCUGUACCUAUUCCUGGGCUGCCUAUGUUCUCCAUUGUUGGAAGCAUCGAUGACAUGCCACUUGGGAGAUACUCUAGUGAAACGGGUCAGGCUCAGCCUUUUUAUAAAUGGAUGGAAAAGAAAAUUAAACCUGAACACUGGAAAGAGAUGAAUAAAAUAGCCCAAUACUUUGAAAGCUAUCACAAAAAUUUUAUAGGUUUGUUAAAAGCUCUGUUUAACCAGACAACUGAAAACAACAUUCUCCAGGUAAAGCUUGAAUGUGAAUUGCAUAACGAUGGAACCAUUAAUGGAGGUGAAGAGUUUGGUUACGAUGGGAAGGAAAUCAUUGUAUUUGAUAAAAAGAGACUGGUUUUUAUUCCAUUGACACAAGAGGCUCAGAUAAUAACACAGAGGUGGAACGUUAAUCCAGGUUCAGCGGAAAGACAUAAAGCUUUAAUUGAGCACCACUGCAUAAAGUGGAUGAAGACGUACUUCAGCCAUGGGAACAAUACACUGGAGAGGAAAGUUCCACCCAAAGUGAAAAUUUCUGAUCGCCAAUUAGACAAUGCGGCAAAGCUUCACUGCCAUGUGUACGGAUUUUACCCUCAAACUGUGAUUGUCAAUUGGGUGAAGAACGGUGUGAAUGAGGUUUACUCAGAAGAGGUAAAACAGAUCCUUCCCAACCCUGAUGGGACCUAUCAGGUCAGCGUAACGGUUGAAGUUAUUCCAAAGGAUGGAGACAAUUACACUUGUCAUGUGACCCACAGCAGCCUGGAUAAUACUAUGAUUAUUUUAUGGGAACCCAGAAGAAUAAGUACUGACAACCUUGUGCUUGGUGUCAUCAUCAGUAUAAUUACUGUUCUUGCUGUUGUCAUUCUCGCUGGGGUUGGAAUAUUCAUAUACAAGAGUUUUUCAGUUCAACACCACAAAGUAAGCACUGAGGAAUCAAAGCAAAGUUUGGAAUCAUCAUCACCUACCACUCUUUUAAAUACCUCAUAGUAUGUUUUAAAUGGGAGAUGGAAUUUUUUAACAUUCUAUCAUGGCUUUGAAGAUAUGUAUCUUAAGGUUAAGGCUGGAAUAAGGGAUGAGAAACACAGGACUACUGGUUAAUGGAAACUCCCAAUGGAAGCUGACAAAGGACAAAGUUGUCAAAUAUGUUGGGGAAUUUUGAAGAAAGGUUGCGUAAAAGUACAAUUGUAUUUUGUAUUUUUAGAAGAACCCCAAUUUUUACAAGCGGUUGCUCAGAAAAGGCUCUCUGAUUGUACCUCUAGAACUUUUUAUAUUUAUUUGUAAUGCAUUUUUAAUGUUUUUUUUAUUUUUUAAACCCUCCCCCUCUCUCUUUUACUCUCUCUAUCUCAACUAUAAAACUUGAUUUAAUUUGUUUGCAAGAAAACUGAAAAUGUAUAUCUAAGACAUUAUUAUUUUUAUUUUUUAAUUAAUUUUAAAUUAAUUAGCAGUACAACAUCAACAUACACACUAACAGGUAGGUGUAUUCGGAUAUUUGGCAUCUGUUUGCACAAACUAAUAAUUAAUAUUGCCGUGGGUUGAGUCAUUUAGCUCUUCGGAGACAGAUUUAUUUGUCUAAUACUACAAGACACAAAUAUCUGUGCAAAUCCAGAUCUUUAUGUUUUUCACUAAUAAGACAAUUAAAUCUGGCCCCUGAAUAGCCAAACACUGCUAUCCACUGCUGUAGCUGACAUUUGUUUAUGCAAAUGAAUGCCGAAUAUCUGAAAAUUCAAAUGACUACAAACAAGCAUUAGGCAGCAUUUUCUUUAUGUAACACAAAUACUACAUAAUGAUCAAAAACACUUGAACAUCCCUGUAAAAUAAGGAAUAUUUAUUGUUGGCUUAAAUCUCAAUAAAAUAAACUGUCACUUUGAAAAAAA